AUUUGAAUUUUCUGCAACAAAGGGACUCUCAGAGGCGUCAUCUUCAUUUUCACAUACUGCAUUUUUGGCUUUGUGAUUUUUGAUUUGAUUUUUGGACAGUUACGCUUUAUGUGUCUUUCUUUGCCACACUUGUAACAUCUCCAUGAACUCUGUCUUUCAGCUCCCACUACUUUUGAAUGGUCCUGCAUUUCUCUGUGAACUUGUGUUGACAUGGCUGAUGCACCAGCUGAUGUAGCAGUGCUGUAGUCAUCAUUAACACUGACUCUUUUUUGCUCUUCAUUGAUUAAUGCUUGCUGAACAAACUGCAAUGUCAAAUUGUCCUUAUUCGUUUCGAGAGCAGUAACUAUCGUAGCAUAGCUUGGUGGUAAACUAUCCAGGAGUGUUACAAUCUGAUCCUCCUAUUCAAUUACAGCACCUGCUGCUCUUAGCUGAUCAGUCAGUUCCUUCAUUCGUUUUAAAUUGUCAGUUAAUCUGUCCUUCUCUUUCAUUUCACAUCUGAAAUAUUUCUUCUUCAAGAACAGUUUAUUUGCUAAAGUCUCUCUCUCAAAAUGUCCUUUUAGCAUGUCCCAAGCCUCUUUUGGAGUUUGGCAGCUUGUUAUUAAAUACAACUGGGUUGUACUAACAUUUAGCAUUAACAUGGAAAAUGCUCUUUCUCUCUUUUAGUAAAUGCUCCAUCUGAAACUUCCACGUUGCCCAGUUCUCUGCUCCGCUCAGUUUGUCGAUAAACAUCUUAUUAUCCAUUGUGAAUCCCACAAUUCUGUUUAUCUGACUCAAAAACUUCACUUACAGAACUUUUUAACGCUCUGGGCCCAUAACCUGAAAGAAAACAGGCGUUUCAUCGUGCGUUCAUUUAUUUCUUUUUUCUCAAAACGGUACAACUGCAGUACUCAGAAGACACAGCAGAUGGCAGCAUAACAGCCUCUCCAUUAACCACUGAACAAAUUACUGCUUCAUAUUUCAACACUGGGCCCAGUCCGGGUCGGUCUCAGGCAUAAAUUACAUAUUAAAGACCUUCAGUUUAACCAGAUGAGAAGAUGGUCAUCUGUUAUUAUUUAUAAUAACCACCAAUAUUCUGAUAAUAUUCUGUUAGUUCCAGUCUUUGAAUUAUAAAAAGGAAAUCUUUGUUUUAGCAUUAAACUGAACUGUUCUCAUUCUCUGCAGGAUGAAAUGCAUCACAUCAGAUUAUGAAGAUUUAAUCUCAGACAGUUUUCCAGUCCAUCCAGGACCUCCUGCUGUUUACCAGAUGAGAACGAAGAAGGAGAAGAUUGUUGGUCAGAAAGAUUUGAAGAAACCAUAUGAAACCGUUUUACUGGUUGGAGAAACAGGAGCAGGAAAAUCUACUCUGGUCAACUACAGCAUGGGAGUGAAGUUUGAGGAUGAAGUCUGGUUUCAGAUUGUAGAGGAGGAGGAGAGUCAGACAGAAAGUCAGACAUCAGAUGUGACCGUUUAUCAGGUCUUUGAUGGUCAGACUCUGCCGUUCUCUCUGACCGUCAUCGAUACUCCGGGGUUUGGAAACAGCAGAGGGAUUUUAUGGGAUGUUACUAUCAGAGGAAGACUGUUGGAGCUGUUCCAGUCUGAUGGAGGCGUUCAUCAGAUCCAUGCGGUGGGUCUGGUGGUGAAGGCCAGCGAUAACCGACUGAGUGACCGACUGAUGUACAUCUAUGAUUCAGUGAUGUCUCUGUUUGGUAAAACAUGGAGAAACACAUUGGCUGCAGGUAUCAGAUGUGCCAAAGACGGGAAGAACCGGCCCGUCCACUUCCUGCUGGAUGCUAAACAAACCUUACAGAGGGAACCAGCAGAGAGAGCAGCAGCUCUGAGGUAUUCCUGGGGUUUCUCCUACAGACAGAUGGACCAUCUGACUCAGUACCUCACCACAUCCAAACCUCAAAACCUGGCAACAACUGUGGAGGUUCUGGGUGACCGGAUCAGACUGACAGCCUGCACCCAGAACCUGAAGGAGAAGAUACAGCUGAUGGAGCUGAAGCAGACCGAAAUCAGGCAGACUGAGGAAGCUGUGAGGAGCCAUGAAGAGGAGAUGAGGAGGAGCCAAAGCUUCACUGUAGAAGUUGAUGAGGAAUACAAUGAAAGGCGGCAUCUGGAUGGAGGGAUGUGGGGGCUGGUGUUUUAUAACGGAGCGGUCUCCUGCUGUCACUGUGACAAAACCUGCCACUGUCCCUGCACCGUCACCUGGUAUCCUGCCACCUCUCAUGUGAAACGAGAGUGGGUGUACCAGUCCAGAACCAGGAGAGUCCAGAAGAUCCUGGAAGAUCGUAUUACCAUGAAACUGGAGCAGAUCGUCCUCAGAGACCAGUCUCUGUCCACUUUUGUCCACUUGGACUUCCUGAUUGGCCAGAUAAAGGAGAAGAAAGAUGUAUGGAAAGUCCAGAAACUGGAGGAGAUAAGAAGAAGACAUGAUGGAGAUCAGGUGAGAUCAGGGCUGAGGUACAUGGCGUCUCAUUCCUGGUCCACAAAAACAGGAAGUGAACAUGAUGGGUCCAAUGAAAAGACGAAGAAACAGAAUCUGACGGUUGUGAGGGAUGAGCUGCAUUCUUACGUUUAGCAGCAUUUGGUGUGAGAUAAUAUUCUGUUAGUUCCAGUUCUAUGGGUUUAUAUAUAUAUAUGUGUGUUUCUGAGGCGCCACCUACUGGUGAGAAGGAAUGGCUGGACUAGUGACUGGUGUCACUGCUUGAAACCAGUUUGGUCUUUGACCCCAAACUGGUUCUUGACCAGUUAGUUGCCCAAGUUUUGUCUGGUGCUGGAAACAUUGUAAUUUAAUGACUUGGGCUAAUUGUUAGUAAGCUAGCCAGUAAAUUAUGUUUUAUGGAUAUUUCUUUGUUCAUUUAAUGUUUAAGAGCAGAAUUCCAAAUUAGCUACAACGACCAUGUUAAUCUAUCCAGUCUAAGUCACUCAUUGUUCAUCUACUGCAUGAAGAGAAAUAAAAGGUGACCUAAAAUGAGUCUUGAUUGUCGUCAUCAUUAUUCUUCAAUAAAGAUAAAAUGGUUCAGCUGAUAAUCAGAGAGCAGAACCAGUUUCAGGUUCUCCAUCAGAACCAAUAACCAGCUGAGCCUCCAUCGUGUCUCUGAGAGCAGAUCUGACAUCUGGUAUGCUGGGUGGGAUGAACUCCAUGAACAAAGCCUAAUGUUACAGUCCCUGUGUUUGCUGAUUGAUUGAUUGAUUGAUUGAUUGAUUGAUUGAACUGCCUUGUUGCUGAAAUGUGCUAUACAAUAAACUUCAGUUGAUUUGAUUAAAAUAGUAGAUAUUAAUGAACAUAUAAUGUUGUAAAUAUACCGGGCCCAGAGCG